AUGCGGUCGAACGUGAUUGCCCUGGCGCGCGUUUGCCUGCCGCUUCUGCUGCUAGUGGCCGCAGCGAAUGCGAGGAUCCACAAGCUGGAUAUACGGAAAGACUGCAGACACUACAUUACCCUGAGCACGUUCGGUUUCUACAAGGGUGGCAUGCUGACCGUGAAUCUCACGAACUUCAAGUUCGAGCCGGCGGACACCGAGAAAAAGCUGACACCGGAAAGCGCGAACAAGGCCGUGUUCGGUUUCAGCUUGGGUCGAACGCUCAUCGAUGCCAUUAAUCCGUACGUGCACAAUCAUCUGGACGGAUGCCUGUUACAAAAUGUUUCGAAUCUCAAGACAGAACAGAAGGAUGACAGCUCGAUUAUAUAUUUUACCAUGGACUUGAAGAAUUUAACGAUGCAAGUGAACUGUAGCAGUAACGUGCACGCAGCACACAUCUAUAGGAAUCUCAGCACGGUAUUAAUGUAUCGUUCAAAGAGGAGCUCGCUGUCGGCGAGGUUCAGCGAUACCGCGCUCUUCCCACGGAGAAAACGGAACACAUCGCAUGUGAUUGACAAGGCCAGCGUUCGCGAUAAUGAUCCGAGGCACAGGUCGGACAGCAACGAUGCGUGCUCCCGUUUGAGAUUACCGAUAACGAUGGAGACGACGCCCAAGGGUGAGCGGUUGUACAACACGAGUUUCGUCAUGGACGUCACUAGCGAAGAGGAGGAAGGCUUGUACAAUCUCUACUUUCACAAUUGUCAAAAUUACGAUAAUAACAAGGAACAGUUGCUCAUGGAUUUCACGGUGGAAAUAUCGGAGAUUAAUAACGACAACUUCCUAAGCGCUGGAGAAAUGCCAUUGCCGGCUCUGUACUUCACGAUGGCGCUACUCUUCUUCUUGUCCGGCUGCUUCUGGGUGUUUAUUCUUAAUAAAAGCAAGCAUUCUGUAUUUAAAAUCCACUACUUAAUGGCUGUUUUGGUGUACCUGAAGUCCUUCUCUUUGCUAUUCCAUGGUAUAAAUUAUCACUUCAUCCAGACCAAGGGUGAACAUGUCGAGGCAUGGGCAAUUUUAUAUUACAUUACACACCUUCUGAAAGGCGCCGUUCUUUUCAUUACCAUCGUGCUCAUCGGCACGGGAUGGAACUUUAUAAAGCACGUUCUUUCGGAUAAGGAAAAGAAACUCUUCAUGUUGGUCAUACCAUUGCAAGUGUUGGCAAACGUGGCUGAGAUAAUAAUCGAGGAGAGCGAUGUUGGUAAUUUGCGUCGCGAGACUUCGCGGGACAUGUUUAUACUCGUCGAUUUAGUGUGUUGCGGUGCAAUUUUAUUUCCCGUAGUGUGGAGCAUUAGACAUUUAGAGGAGGUUGCCCGCACAAACGAUAAAGCAGCGAUGAACUUGCGCAAACUUAUGCUGUUUAAGCAUUUCUACAUUAUGAUAGUCUUUUACAUAUACUUCACCCGUAUUAUAAUGUACAUACUAAAGAUUACAGUGCGCUUUGACUAUCAAUGGCUGGACGAAACGUUCCGAGAGAUGGCAACUUAUGCAUUCUUCGUUCUGACAGGCUACAAAUUCCGACCAGCGUCUGCAACAACAUAUUUCACGGUGCCGAGCGAUGACGUAGAGCCGGACGAUGAAGACGACAAGACUGACAUCGUUAUUUCCGGUGGUAACGGAAUCAAUAGGGACUUUAGUACAGUGAGCAAAAUGCCAAGGGCGGUGAGGUCCGCAACUUCAAAAGUUCCAUCUACUGAGGAGGAGCGACACACUCUUUUCCACAAGUCCUCUCGCGAGUAUGACUGAGGAUAAAUCGUGAUAGAUCAUGUCAUGCGACGAAUGUGCCGACAAUUUACGAAUCUUCGAGGCUACAUUUUGGAUUGAAGGGAUGAACGAAAGCGCGAUGAUAAGCGAAAAUGAAAUGAAUGAAGGGAGAGAGAAAGAGAGUGUAUGUAUAUGUGUGUACGUAUGUUUCCUACAUUCUCAAAUCUAUUUUAUAUUUCUCAGAAGAGGGAGCAGAAGAAAAGAAAAAAUUCUGCUUUGAAUUCGCAAAUGUACUAGGUUGUUAAAAUAUGAAUGGGACUUUUGAAUUAUCUACUUAACAGACAUAUGUUUUGGAACGUUAGCAGUAAUGUGCUAUUUUUUGAUGCUUUGGUUAUUGUUAUAGCAGUCAGUCACACAUGUGGUUAUGUGCAGUUAAUAAAUAUUCUUUGUUGUAUCCUCUCAUGCGUUUGCUCGUAACGCGAGCCACAAUAAAUUGCGCUAUACUGUUUGGAUCUUCACUCGGUAACAAUACAACCAACAAUAAGUGAGCAAGACGAUUGUUACAACCGUCUAUUAUUGUAUUAUUAUUAAGUUUUUAAUGAGAGAAAUAAAUCAACCAAAAUUUAUGAAACAAAGGACUUUAAAAGAGUUACAAAAUGAAUGUCUUUCAAGAGACUAGAUAUUUAAGUAGUCAUAUAUUCAGAUAUGGACGCAUUAAAAAUGAACUACAUGUUCACUAGCCGCGAAUGUCGGUAGUGUCUGUAAUGAAUUGUAUUAAUAAUAUACUGCCGGACAGUAGACGUACAUUAAAUUUAAAAUGUUUUACAAAUUAAUGUUAAUAGCAUCGAAUCUAUCAUUUGUAACAAUUUAAAAUACAGAAAACUUUGAUUAUACACGGUCAAGAAAAAAUUAUAAAAGCGCAAUUAUUAAUUUGAGUUGAGAUCUACUUUCUCAUCUUUUUUAUAGUUCAGAUUUAACGCGCACCAAUAAUUUUCAUCUGUUUUUAAAACAGACUUGACUGAUUAAUAAAUAAUGAUUAAAGUUAUUAAAAACGCAAAAUUAAAUUUAACCAAAAAUUCUUUUGGAAAAGAGUAUUAAAGAACUUUCGCAAAUUUGGGAAAAAUUUUUUAAAUUUUAGAGUAAAUAUGUAAAAUAAAUGAUAUGUUAUUUCUGAAAAUUUUUUUAUACUAACAAAAGUUAUCAGUUUUGUUUGUAUUUGAAUAACCUAGUAUGUGUCAAUAUUGCAUAUGUGAUGAACAAUAGCGACUGAAUAAAGUUUGAAAUAUCAGAAUGCUUCAUAUUUCAUCGAUUUAACUUCAAUUAUGUAUUUCACUGAACUGUGGAUUUUCUUAACUCUUCCGUUUUUGUUGUCUACCAUUCAAUCCAACAUUAGUGAGACAAUUCUUGUUUUUAUCUAUUUCUUUUUUAAUGAGGCGUUCACUUCGAUUAGAGGGUAACUGCUUAUCUUAAUGUUCCGUGAUAUUACGCAGUGUGUUACAACUGUAACGCGAGAAUGCAAGCGAUAAUACGAGCACUUUUUCGACGCGCUUUUUGCAGUCUGUUUUCUGUAGGCAUUUAGAGAAACAUUUCCAAUUUCUUUUUUUCCCAUGACACAUGCGCGUUGGAUACUUUCUUGAUACGAAAAUCCUACCCUGCGAAUGAUGCGGAUACUUUUGUAUCGUGAUUCGUAAUCUUAAUUACUUUUAGAUGAGCGACCGAAUUAAAUGGUGCAAUAAACUUAUCUAACAGUAUGUGUCCUCUCGCGAUAUUAUGCGAUAUUGUACUAGAAUUAAUAUAAUCAUUAGUGGCGGAUCUAAUGGUAUGAUGGUAUAUAAAGAUAUCGUGGAUGUCAAAGAAUUUCUGGCACAUAGAAAUGUGCCAAAAUGUGUUGCAUCUUAAACCAUAAUUUUUAAUUUUAAUAGGUUUUUAAUUUUAAUGAAAUUGGAUUUGGUUUCUAAUCGAUAGAAUCGGAUCUGAUCGAAUCAGAGGUUUAUUUAAUCAGGGAUCUUCAAUCUCUGUUCUAAUAUGGAUUGAUUGAUUUUUGUGAUUGAGUGAUUAUGAAAUUUGGAGUUUAAAUUUGAUUGCUGGCUGAAUUGCUUAUUGCUCUCUUAACUUCUAUUAUUACUAACAUUUUCUGGCAGUGAAUACUUAUAUUGGCAGUGUAGCCAGCUAUUUUCUGCUACUACAGAAUCACAAUUGAGAAGAAUAUUGUAUUCAAAUCUUUUAGAGAGCCAAAUUAUUCUGACGGGAUAUAUGCUUUUAUUGGUACCAAUUCAAGGAUUUACUAAAAAUUAUUAUUAUUUUAGAAAUAUCUGGAUUUUGGGUUUUAGGAAAUCUGGUAUUUGACGUCAUUAUAAAUGUGAUAUUGCAAUUUAACAUUAAGCGAAAAUUGAGGGUCAAAGAAGAAAAAAUGAAAUUAAACCGAUAUAUAAAUGAAACAAAUAGCAUAAAAAUAAGUCUUUUUACGUGAGCCUCAAUUUCGCAUCCUGGAUAGAGUAACAUUUUUUGUAAUAAAUUCUUUACAUUGUUUUAAGUUUUUUCCCCCAGCAUCCUUUAUCUAAAAGACAUCCUGGAAACGUCCUUAGGAUGCAAGAACGUUUUUUGAACGUAGGAAAUCUUUGAUCUUCCCUAUGACUAGGUGUUAUUAUUAAAUCAUAUUAUUAUUAAGUUAUCAAUUUUAAUUUGUGAUAUUACUCUCAAUUUAGGACUGUUUCAAGUCACCGACAAAAUAACCAGCGCGCAGACGAGACUGGAAAGAUAUGUAUAAAAUUGAUACGGAAAAUAUUAAACACCAAGAUACUUAUUUCUUAUAUCAGUAUCUGAGCCGAACAAUGCCCACUUAAUUAAUUUUAUUUUUAAAAAAUUCUCUCCAUAGAGAUAUUGAAAUAGACUAAAUGAGAAUAAAAAUUUUAUUUCAAUUACUCACAAAAAUAAAAUAUAUCUUCCGUACAAAAUAUUUAAAUAAACAAAAAAAAAUUUUUGGUACUGACACAUUAGACUUUAUUAUAUGCUUAUAAACAUGAUAAAGCUUGAAUAAAAAAUAAAUUAGGAAUAACAAAGGAACUAAACAUCAUCUAAAUCAAUUUUAAAAUAAUUAUUAAUCACAAAAAUAAAAUCCUUUAGGAUUUACUCUACUGUUAAACAUCAUAAUUAUCUUUAAUUUUGUCUUUGAUUAAUCUUUUAAUCUUUGGAAAUUUCUAGCUUUGGGCAAUUUUAGCUUUUUAAAAGUUAGCAGAAUUAAAGAUCAUUAUUCUCAUACAUAACUACAAAUGGCCAUAUAAGUGGGCCUUUGCUGCAAAUUUUUAUAAAAAUGGUAGACAUGCCCACUUUGUCACAAGUUUUUGUUGCACUGAACAGAUGUAUUACUGUCAGUUCCAAUUUUCUAACCUCUCUUUACCUAUUUUCAAUGGCUUUUUUUUAAACACACGCUCUAAGCGUAAAACACGUUUUCAAAUAGUAAAUUCAAAAGUGAAUCUUAUUUAAUUAGUGCUGGGCCUUAUUCGGCUCAGAUACCUUAUAUUUAUAAAUAUCGUUAUAUCUUUGUAAAUCAAAUUUUCUUUAAGAAAAGAUUUCUUUAUAUUAAUCUUUCAGAAACAUCAGAGAGAAAGGAAAAAAAACAGAAAGCUACAAACUGAAAAUAUAGAUCCGCGAUUGAUUAUAGUACUUACUAUUAUACAUUCAUUGUCGUCACUGUCGUUACAUUCAGGGUCAUGUCUAUCCAUAAACAUUAGUUAGAAGGUCCAAAAGAUACCCAGUCGACACCAUGUAAUUGCUAUAUAAUUUCGAAAUAAUACUUUACAUAACAAAUAUUUCUCGAUAUUUAUAUCAUAAUUGUUAUGUGAAAUUAUUACUUCCUUUUAUAUAAUAUAAAUGUGCAAGCGCUGUGUAUUAUUUACAUAACAAGUAUGCGAUAUUUCAAUAUGUAGAACUUGAUCGUUAGAACUACAUAAACGUUACAUAAAGAAGUAGUUAUAUAAACAUCCCAUUAUUGUUACUUUUAAAAUUAUAACUGUAACAUUGCUGCAACUUUCACGUUACGUAAGUUGUGAUAUUGAAACACAUAGCUAUUAUAUAGUGAAUACAUCACUGUGUCGAUUGGGUGGAAGGUAAAUAUGGCCUUGGUUACAUCUGUUACUAUAACUGUGUCGUAUAUAUCGAAUGGGACACGAAGAGUUGAAAGAAUAAAGCAGAUAUUUUUAUGAA